AUGGCCCAAACAGGUGCCUCCUGUGAAGCCAAUGAUAAGCGGACAUGCCUUAAACGGAAGAGAAAUUCAACAGAUGAUGAGGAGGUGGAGAAUAUGCCACCAGUGAAGAAAUCACCAAAAUUGGUGGAUGGAGAAAUUGACCAGCCAACACAUCAUGUUGUUGUUGAAUCAUCAUCAUGUUCAAGUGAUGAUGAGGGCUCCCACUUUGAAUGUAGUGAGCAGCCGAGGAGUGUGUACACAGAUAUAGAAUAUAACCCUGAUAGUUUGUUAAGCCCACCAAGUAUACCUGAACUUCCUAAUUAUGUUCUAAGCCCCUUAGAAAAUGUGGCCAGGGGUGACUCUACACCACACUCUAAUAAGAGGCCAAGUACAAGUAAACCCCAGUGUCCCUCACCACCAAAACGAAAGUGUCCUUUGCCUGGGCUAUCCUGGGCGGAUCCCACAGAUGUAUGGAGAAGUAUGUGUGAAUGUGACGCCAGGUCCAGUAUGAAGAAGAACCCUAACAUGUUUGACAAUCAUCCGAAUCUUCAACCGCGGAUGAGAGCCAUUCUACUGGACUGGCUGAAUGAGGUGUGCGAGGUGUACAAACUGCACCGGGAGACCUUCCACCUGACCGUGGACUACGUUGACCGCUACCUGUCCAACACUGACGACGUGCAAAAGGGCCGUCUUCAACUCAUUGGCAUAACGUGUUUAUUCAUCGCGGCGAAGGUCGAAGAGGUCUACCCGCCGAAGAUCGGCGAGUUCGCCUACGUGACGGACGGCGCGUGCACCACCGACGAGAUCCUGCUCGAGGAGCUUCUCAUACUGAAGAUACUCUCCUGGAGCAUAACGCCCAUCACGAUCAACAGCUGGCUGAAUAUAUACAUGCAGCUGGCCAGCGAAGCGCGCGGUGCGAAGAGGAGGCUGCUAGGGGAGAAGGAUGUCGGUGCCAACGCUCUGAGGGGCUACACCUUCGUGUUCCCCCAAUACUCGUCCCUCGAGUUCGUGAUAUGCGGCCAGCUGAUCGAUCUGGCGGUGCUGCACGUGGACGUGAACAAAUUCGCCUACAGCACGGUGGCCGCGGCCGCGAUGGCGCACGCCUUCAACAAGGAGCUCGCCCUCAGGGUGUCCGGCUACAGCUGGGAGUCGCUGGCGGCGUGCCACCGCUGGCUGGGCGCGUUCGUGCGCGUGGUGAGGGAGCGGGGCGGCGUGAGCGUGGUGCGCGGCGGCGACGGCGAGUUCGUGCAGCGCGCCGCCGGCCUCGACCUCAUCUGCCCCGACCUCAACCUCGACGAGAGCCACCGCAUCCAGUCGCACAACGUCAGCCUCGACAUGUUCGAUAAAGUGUACCAGGGACUUUUAGAAGAGUCAGCAUCAGACACAACAAGUAUAGAGGUGUCGACGUCGCAAGAGACUGAACACAUUUACCCACCGACACCGCCGCAGUCUGACCACAAGAGUCCCAAGACACCAGCGACCAAGACCCCGUCAACGAGACGUCUCUCACCCGUACCUGAUAUAAGGCUGCACACCGAAAUUGAG